UUUGUUUUUUGUCCCAUUUUUUUGAAUGAACCGUGCCUCUAUUUUCUACUAUCGCUUUAAGAAUUUUUCUAUUUUUCUUCCUUCGUCCAUGGCGAGGAGGCAUUGGAUUGGCGCUGCUUGGCUUUGCCUCUUGGCGCUGGGCUUGCAAGAGCUUGGCAUCGCGAGAGGCGAGCCAUCAGCCAUCAUCGUGUUUGGAGACUCCACUGUCGACACUGGCACCAAUUUCUACUCGCCCGCCACGCCUUUCAACUUCCAGGCCAAUCGCUACCCGUAUGGCUUCAAGGGAUUCCAGGGCCAGGCCACUGGGCGAUUCACCGAAGGCCGAGUUAUCAUCGAUUUCAUCGCCGAGUACGCUGGCUUCCCUGUUGUGGAGUCAUACGCGAAACCCGACGCGUCUCUAGCUCAAGGAGCCAACUUUGGAUCCGGAGGAGCCGGUGCUCUUGAUGACACCAACGAAGGAAUGGUAACUCCGCUUAGCAAGCAGCUGGAAAACUUUGCGGACUUCUGCGGCAACGUUUCCAAGGAGAGGAACCUGGUCGAGUACGAGGAGUUCCUCUCCAACGCCGUCUAUCUCAUCAGCAUUGGCAGCAAUGACUACUUGAGCGGCUACUUCAGCCAUCCACACCUCCAGCAAGCUUUCACGCCGGAGCAAUUCGUCACCCUGGUUGUCUCCAAUAUCACCAAAGCGAUCGAGGUUCUCCACUCCAAGGGAGCCCGAAAGAUCGUCAUGUUUGGAGUUGGGCCUCUGGGAUGCUUACCACCUCUGCGGAUCGUCAAUGGCAGUGGUGGCUGCCACGAACCGGCCACUGCGCUGGGACAAGCUCACAACUACGCGCUCGGCCUCGCCAUCCAGCGGUUGCGGCAAAUCCAUCCCGACUCCAUCAUCGUCCGCGCGCAUUUCUACGAUUUCUUCGAAGAACGGCAGAAUAACUUUGGAGCUUACGGAUUCAAGGAACCCGCACAAGCUUGCUGCGGAGCAGGGCCUUUCCACGGCCGUGGACACUGCGGGAUCGAGAGCGUGGAUCCGGAGCUGAGCUACGAGCUUUGCGAGGAGCCAUCGUCCCACGUAUGGUGGGAUCCUUAUCAUCCCUCCGAGAGAGUUCACGAGCAGUACGCUCAAGCUCUGUGGCGCGGGAACGCGACGGUGAUCGAGCCCGUCAAUCUGGAGCAGCUCUUCCACUCCUCGUCGCCGAGCGGUCGCAUGGAGAAUCCAGGAACACCAUCUUUUGCAUUUCCAGAAAUGAUCUAGCGAAGCUUUUUCAUUUCUUAGAGCUGCCAAAGUUUGUGCUCGUCUUUGAUUUGAUCUCUGUUGCGAGCACGGCAUAAAGAGAAGCUUGGCAUCUCUCAUCUUCAAAGGUGUCCUUCAGAGAUCUCCAUUUGUCACGUCGUGGCUAUGGUUUCGUAUUGAAGUAGUGUUGCAUGUGUGGACUGCUUCGAACGUCACCGAAGGAGACCCAGUCUUUGUCCGCACUGCGCAAAACAAAGAAAAAGUGUCAA